AUGAGAUCUGGUUUAGGAGCUUCGGUGCUUGGAAACGUCUGGCAGUUGUCGGAUACAAACCGAACUGGCCGACUCUUGUUUCCUGAGUUUGCACUUGCUAUGUACUUGUGUAGCUUGGUCUUGAAGGGUCAAUCGUUACCCACAAAGUUGCCAGAAAAAAUAUUGAACGAAGUGACCAGUUUAGUGGAUAUCAUCUCGUUUGGUGUUGACGAUGAGGAAUCCGCGGGUAAUGCAUCAUCUGGAGCGGGCCAAUCUCGCUCCAAUGUCCCUGAUUUCACUGCAGGUGCUUCUGGCUCAUUGAAUAGUGGUACUGGUAUUUCUAGUGGUAACUAUUCAGCGCCUCAAUUGACAUCACAGCCAACCGGAGGAUAUGGACAGCAGCCUAUUGCAUCUCAGGCCACAGGGUAUCCUUCACAGCAACAAACGGGCUAUGGAUCACAGAUAUCACUGGGUUCGCAAACAACUGGCUACGCUUCACAACCUACUCUCCAGUCGCAAGCCACUGGUUUUAACUCUGGUAUUCAACCACAAGCCACUGGAUAUAACUCUGGUAUUCAACCACAAGCUACUGGAUAUAACUCUGGUAUCCAGCCACAGGCCACUGGAUAUAACUCUGGUAUCCAGCCACAGGCCACUGGAUAUAAUGCUGGAAAUGGCAUUCAACCUCAAGUUACUGGUUAUACCGGUGUUAAUGGUUAUGGAACUGGCGCUCAACCGUUGGUGGCACAGCCAACGGGCAAACCUGGACAAUGGGGAUUUAUCAAUACUCCUGGAACAGGUUUACCAGGCAUUGAGGCACUAAAAGACAGAUUCAUGCCUACCCCGGGAACAGCUUUGACAGGUGGAGGUACAUACUCGUCUGCUGAAUUGCAAGGAAACGCUAAAAUUGAGUGGGCAAUUACAAAAGAUGAAAAGAACAUUUACGAUAGCGUUUUCAGUGCCUGGGAUACCAAAAAUAUAGGAUUCAUAGGUGGUGAACAAGCCAUCAAUAUUUUUGGCAAAAGUGGCCUCAACAGGGAAGAUUUAGAGACCAUAUGGAACUUGUGUGAUCCAGGUAAUAAGGGCAAACUUGAUAAAGACGAGUUUGCCGUUGCAAUGCAUCUUAUUUAUCGACGACUAAAUGGAUAUCCAUUGCCCUCACGACUUCCUCCUGAGCUCAUUCCUCCUUCUUCUCGUAAUUUUAAGGAGUCAGUGACACAAAUCAAGAGCUUCCUCCGGUCAAAUACUGGUGGCCUAGAACCUCAACAAACUGGCAAAGUCAGUUAUCUUAAGGGAAGAUCCUUCAAAAAUGAUGGUCAUUCGGGUACCAAUAGAUUCCCUAAGGAUGCCACUGUCUACAAGAAUAAUGAUGAUGAGUUCGGCGGUUAUGUAUCCAGUGCAAGGCACAGAAAUAGACGUCAUGAUGCAGACGAACCUAAGAAGGAAUCUGAAAGCUCCUUCCCUCCAAUUGAAAAAAUGAAUGUUACUCAACUUCGAAAGGCCAUAAAAGAGAAAAAGAUUCUGUUAGAUGCAAUCGACGCCAAAGAUGAGGAGGACUAUUCGGCAGUCGAGACUCUUGAGUCAAGAGACAAGGCUGCGAUUGAGGAGCUAAAGGGACGAAUUUUAAAGGUACAACGUGAACUUUCCCAACACCCUGAGUCAGCUUUACUUAGCACUGGUGAUGUAACUCAUGAACGUCGUCAAUUAUUAAGAAAACUCAACGCCCAAACCGAUCUCUUGCCACAACUUACAACUGAUGUGAAGAAAAUAGAGGCAGAAAUAGCUGCUACCAGAUUAGAACUUUUCAGAAUCAAUUUUGAAAAAGAACACCCUGGCGCCACUAUUGUUGGAACAGGGGCAAAUGGUACCAUUACUGAUGCCGAUAGACGAAAGGCUAAAUCCAGAGCUCUCGUCAAGGCUCGUAUGGCUGCUCUUACUGGAAAACCUGUUGAAGGUGGCACAUCAGACAUAGAACAGUUUGAGCAGUUACAGGCAACUGAAGCGGCAACAAUUGAUAGCGAAAGACAAAGAAACGAAAAAAUGUUUGUCGAUAUUGAAGAGAGUGUCAAUCAACUGAAAAAUGAUUUGGAGAGAUCGUUGAGAGAAACCCCUGAUGACGUACACAGUGAUCUUGAACGAAGACGGUGGGAAGAUGCCAUCGGAGUCGAGGAAGAAGUAAAGCAAUUUAUCUAUUCUUUACCUCGUGCCAUUAAAUCAGAACAACAGUCUUCUUCGACUUCCGGACCACGUGCUGAUCUUUCACGAGAUACCGCUCCUCCUACAAGCUCACCAGCUGCCAGUAGGCCAAGUGUAGGACAACCACAAAAUUCUCAAGACAGGAUUGCAUAUGUCAAGGCAGAGGCUGAGCGUCGUAUGAAUGAAAGACUUGCGGCUUUGGGUAUCACCCGUAAACCCAAAAGUGCAAGUUCUGCUUUUAGUCCCCCCAGUGAUGGAGCAGACUCGUCAUCCCCAUCAGCAACUCCCACGUCUGCUCCUGUGCCUACUCCAGUAUCACCAACCAAUAUUGCUGCUAAGAAACAACCACCCCCACCACCUAAGCAUCGUGAAGUCCCACCAGCAACUAAGAGUACCAGCACAAAUGUAGCAAAAGCUGUCCCUCAACCACAGCAGUCAGAAGAAGAUUCGUCGUCUGACGACGAUGAAGAAGAGGCUGAGUUGUUGAGACUCAAAGCUGCUCAAGAGGAGCGUCUUCGAAAACUUCAACAAGAAGCUGCAGAAAGGAAAGAAGCAGCUGCGAAAAAGGCUGCUACUGAUGAAAAGGAUGCUGCCAAGAAAAAGGCUAAAGAAGAGCGUAGAGCUGCUCUCAAGGCUGAAAUUGAAGCAGCUAAGGAGCGUGAAAGAGCUUUUUUGGCAUCCGAGGGAGCAACUGACAGUGGGGAUGCAGAAGCCCCUGUUGCCGAUAAAACUGCUACUUCACCACUUGCUCAAUCUCCUACCCAAGGAAAAAAUCCAUUUUUCAGACCCUCCGCAAACGCUUCAUCUGAUAGUACAAAAGCAGUUGUUUCGGAGCCCCCUGUGGUUUCUUCUCCUAGUUCGGCUACUGCUACUACUAACUCGACCACCGCUGCUUCCACUUCAAACUCUAAUAGCCAUAAUCCAUUUUUACGCCCUCAAGCAGCACAGCCUAAAGUUGAGAAAGUUGAUAUUGAUCCUGUUGCCAUUGCUAAACAACGUCGUAAACAGCGUGGAGAGUCUGAUGAUGACUGGGGUGAUCAUUUCAGUGAGGAUGAAUCUUCUGACGAGGAUGAGGGUUUAAGAGGACCUACAAACCCAUCCCAGUUGGCUUCUAUUCUCUUUUCAAUGGGUGGACCAAUGCGACCAAACUCAUCGACCCCUGCAUCGGGCCAAGCUUCCGAGUUUCACACACCUGCUUCUAGCACCAGCUCACUGGUUAAUGGUGCUGCUGCUCCUGCUGCUGCUGCUGCUGCUGCUGCUCCAACACCAGCUUUUGAACAGCGUAGUGAAGUUCCUCCGACUGAAUCAAUUUCUCAAGCUUCGAAUGUAGCACCUGCUCAAGGGUCAUCGCCGUCAGAAUCCAGUGCCCCAACAUUGGCUGAGGGACCACCAGCAGACGCUCCUCCUCCACCUCCUACAAACAUUCCUCCCCCACCUCCCCCAUUCUAUGAGCAAAAUGGCGCACCUCCUCCACCAUCUGAUGGCCCUCCCCCUCCACCACCGCCACCUCCAGCUCCUCCAGCACCUCCUCCACCUCCAUCUGACGGCCCUCCACCACCUCCACCUUUCCCAACAGGUAGUGCACCACCUCCUCCCCCGCCUCCAAAUGGAUUCGCACCAGCACCGCCAGCAGAAUCUUCGCCGGCUCCUCCUUCGGGCGUGCCAAAUAUCUCCAAUCUGCUUGGCGAAAUCCAGAAGGGUGCAGCGCUUAAAAAGGUGUCCACCGUCGAAAAGUCCCAGAGCCUUGGCCGAGUUCUCUGA